UGUAGGCCUUGAGGAAUGCCCGACGUUUAUAGAGGUUCGGGGAGUUGUAGGUUGUGGCUGUUUGGCUUUUUUCCCUUUAUUUCAUGGUGAAUAUCGGUCGUUCACCAAAGGCCAUUCAUACCCACUUGCCCAAAGAACAAGUGUUGAUGCAAUUCCCAGAUUAGAUCGAACUAAGCGGCUCCCAGCGCCGGAGAAAAUGGCGGCCGAAAUCCCGCGUUGUGACAGUCGGCAUCGCGGUCGGGCGAACAGGUACAGCAGCGAGGGAGUGAGGGAGGGCCAUGAAGCAAGACCAAACGUCGCCGUCGACGUAUUAUUCCGACGCGGAUAGUCUGUUCCUCGCUCCUUUUCGACGUCCCAGCAGCUCCCGGCGAACACGUGGCCUUCGUCAGGUCGCUCGUGAGUUGGUGAAGGUCGAGGAGCUCGUGGUGGACGUGUGGAGAGGGAGGAGGGAGUGGAGGGGUGCCGUGGUCGCGAGAAUUACCAGUGAUUCCCUGUUUAUAUAGUGGAGCGAGGUUGUGUUGACAGCAAUUAUAAGCGAAUUGGUCCCCAACGAGGGAACGAUACUCAACGGUGCCAGCCAGGCCCAGAGGGUGCCAGUGUCACAGUGUGUGCUGAUGCAGUGCCAUCCGAGAGAGGGCCAAAUUUGCGUGGGAAAUGUGACGCACAAUGCACCAGCUCUGAAAUGUGUUGUUUUUUGUUUUGUGUGAAAAUAAGAGUGAUGACAACAGGACAUGCUUGAGAGUGACACGCUGAGUUCGUCGAUGAGAGUGACGGCUCGAAGUGGCAGUGUGAUAUUCCGAAUUAUACUAGCGAGUGCGCCUGUGCUGUGUUUAUCGUGAUCGGUGCUUAAUUGGCAAUCUAAAUGGUAAUUAUUGACUCGAAGGAAUUACAUUUCAUUUGCUGCAAGGACGUCGAUCACAUUGCAAGUGUUAUCGCACUGAGAUGAGGCCGUUGAGCUGCGUCGCCAGCGGCAGGUUCUGAUCCCGACGACCCACGAGUCCCUAGCGCGUGCCAGCGCCGCCACCGUCCACGCCUUCCGCAGGUGAGGCUCAUGACAGGGCGGGGCAUGUUAGUGCAUCUCUGACACCAUGCCAGAUAGUGCCGGAAUAUCGGGCCCGUGCCACCACGCCCCCGAGGAGGCCUUCCGGGGGGCGGAGCGCGGGCGGCCGCUCGGCCAGGAGCCGUGGGCGGACGAGCCCGGCGACGGCAGCGGCCCCGUGGGCGGUCGACUGGUGCACGCCACCACACACGUGCACACAACGCAGGUGCACACCACGCACGUGCACGGCGAGCACCGCCAGUUUGUGACGGUGGUCGCAGUAGACAAGGGCGCGGAGGAGGCGGCCUCCCCGCCUCACGCGGACGACCUGACGACUUGCCACGCUUCGUGGGGUGCGACGCAGCCGGCCGCCCCUCAGCCCGCCCCGCGAGGCUUCGUCACGGUGGUGGCCGUGGGGAGCAACAGCGAGCCGCCAGCUUGCGCCUCCACCAGAGCGACGACGGCGCCAUCAACGCCAACCUGAACGUACGCCUGGCCCCCCCCGACGCCGCCCACG